AUGCCUGACGAGAUCCUCUUAGAGAUCGUCCGUGACUUGGAAAAGAGCGACCUCGGCGCACUACGUCUAACCUGCAAACAUGUCGCUCCAGCCGCUUCUCAGCUCCUCUUGGACGGGCUGACGAUCCCGAUCUUCAAUGGUCCGCCUCGUGCCCUCAGGUUCAGGAAAAUACUUCACAGUGCAAACCUGAAGGAUCUCGUGCGUAAUGUGCGUCUCGAGGCGCGUUUGGAGCCAGGCACAAGCUUCGGUGCGCGCUUCGCCGUAGCAGCGGUGCGUCCUACCGUGGACACCACUCCAUCGCUUUUCAUGCUCUUCGAACUCUUCCAGGCGAUUGCGCACCACGGCUGGACGACACCUGCACAUCAUAUACGAAGGCUUCAGCUAAUCGAUGUUCCGCCUCUCCGGAUACCUAAAUUGUUCGAGACGACGGCUUUCGAGCGGGUUGCAAAGCAUGUCGAAUCCCUUGAAGUGCUGUUUGCAUCCUGGGAUACGUUCAACCGGCGGUCUCAACCUGGAUUGGUAGACAUUCCUGUCAACGGAGAUGUGCACGACUUCCUCGCGAGCUUGGAUAUCUGUUUUCUAACCAAGUUUUCCGAGGUCAAAAAGCUUUCUCUCUCGUUCAAGCCCUAUGUAGGGUUCUCUCCAAGAGUCUAUCUGGACGACGUGCGACCAGCUUGCCUGCGGGAGUUGGAACUGUUGGACUUCAUAUUGUUCCCGGAACUCAUAAGAAGUAUUGCGGCAUACGGCGACACAUUGAAGAGCCUGCAACUGGUCAAUUGCACCAUCGCCACCGAGACUUACACGCGGUGGUAUUCCGACGAUGACGGAUACCCUCUUUGGGGCAGGCGGCUUAGCUACCCGCGAACAUUCACGUCUCCCCUUCGCUGGAGCCAAGUGGCCGACAGAUUCCAUGAGGAUCUUCCGGAAUUGAGGCAUUUCGUCUUGCGUUAUAAGGAUGAUGGUGAUGGAUUGAAGGAGGAAUACAAGGGGAAGCUGCCAUUGGGGCGUUACGUGCGUUACUGGACAGGGUGGAUUUCACCAGAUAGAAUCAUCGACGGUGAACAUGACUUAAGACGCGAUGCAGCCGCUUUUGUGCAUCUCCAUCGCAAGAUUGGACAGUGCGGUGAGGCGAGUCUUCUGGAGGCAGCUUAUCGUACAAAGCCAGGCUUCGACAGCUACAUGAAAGAGAAGGACGGGGGUAAUGGCGUCGACUCCGCCGAAGCGCGUCCCGACUGACGGCUUUGCGUGGAAUCAUGCGUUUGGUACAGUGGAUGUUGGCUUCCCGGAGCAGCCGACGCCCCGUCAUCGUGCUUCUGAACCUAUGAUUCAAUUCCGAGCUCUUCAUCUUCAUACUGCUCUUGAAGAAAGUGCGGGUCGUAACGCUUUCCACAUUCCUCGCUGUGUGGAGUCACAUGCUUUGGUUACGCGACCUGUUAAGUGCAUCA